ACGACCUGAAACCGGAAGCUGAACACAUUGGAGGCACGAGUGUCAUCAUGGCUGACGAGGAGUCGCCGAAGCAGAUCAGCUUGGUGGUGAAAACAGCGAAGGAGAAAAAAGUAGUGAAGGUUGAUGAGUCGGCUUCAGUCAAAGAGCUGAAGGAGCAGGUUUCGAAGGAAUUUAAUGCCCCCCUGGAGCAGCUUUGCCUCAUAUUUGCUGGGAAAAUUCUUAAGGACAAUGAAGCCGUCUCCACGCACAAUAUAAAAGACGGUUUGACGGUACAUCUUGUGAUCAGGUCUCCUGCCUCGGCUAGGGGAGAUGGCGCAAGGAGACCAGAUGAGCCCAGCCCAACUGGCCAGCCGUCUGGUGUGCCGCCAAACCCAUUUGGCACCGGAGCAGGCGGUCUCCCAGGCUUGGCGGGUCUCAAUCUGGGCACGGGCACCUUUGUGGAGAUGCAGCAGCGCAUGCAGAGGGAGCUGAUGAGCAACCCCGACCUGCUGCGGCAGCUGAUGGAAAAUCCGUUUGUCCAGUCGCUCAUGUCGAACCCGGACUACAUGAGGCAGCUGAUAGUUGGCAACCCUCAGAUGCAGCAACUCAUGGAGAGAAACCCCGAAAUCAACCACCUGCUGAACAACCCCGAGAUGCUGCGGCAGACCAUGGAGAUGGUGCGGAACCCGUCAAUGCUGCAGGAGCUGAUGCGCACCCAGGACCGAGCCAUCAGCAACCUUGAGAGUGCUCCGGGCGGCUACAACGCCCUGAGGCGCAUGUACACGGAGCUGCAGGAGCCCAUUAUGAAUGCGGCCCAGGAGCAGUUUGGGGGAAACCCAUUUGCAUCUCUGCUUGAAAACAACAUGCAGUCGGAGAACGCUCCCCCGGACCAGUCGCAGUCAUCGCAGGGCACGGAGAACCGCAACCCUCUGCCCAACCCGUGGGCACCCGGUGGCGGUCCAACGGGCACUGGUGGCAGCACGGGCACGACCGAUGGGGGUAGUGCUAGGGGCACUGGUGGAACCGGCGGUCUCGGGGGCAUGUUUGGCACGCCCGGGAUGCAGAGCGUUAUGCGGCAGCUGGCAGAGGACCCAAGCCUCAUGCAGAACAUGAUGAAUGCACCGUACAUGCAGAAUAUGCUUCAAACCCUGGCCUCCAACCCCGACAUGGCCAGCCAGAUGUUGGCGACGAACCCUAUGCUGGCGGACAACCCCCAGCUGCAGGAGCAGAUGCGGCGGAUGAUGCCCCAGUUUCUGCAGCAGCUGCAGAACCCGGAGGUGCAGGGACUCAUCACCAACCCGCAGGCCCUGCAGGCCAUGAUGCAGAUCCAACAAGGUAUGGAACAGCUGCAUCGUGUGGCCCCCACUAUGUUCCCAGCUGGCGCACCUGGUGCUGGCUUGGGUCCCGGUAUGGCCCCUGGCUUGGGUUUGGGCCUUGCUGGUGGCCUAGGUUCUGCAGCGCCAGGGACCACUACCUCAGCCAGUUCAACCACCACGAGUGGUGCAACAACCACUGGCCAGACAGCGGCAGGAACCACCACCUCUACCACCGGUACCACUGGUACAGCCACCACUACGACCACCAGCACCACUGGAAACCAGCCCACCAGUGGGAGCACCCCGCAAGGCCUGGACCCCCUGAGCCAGCUCAUGGCACGCAUGAUCACCUCUAUGGCCACUGCGCAGGCAGGCAACAACCAGCAGCCACCUGAGGAACGGUACCAGUCGCAGCUAGAGCAGCUUGUGUCCAUGGGAUUUGUCAACCGGGAGGCCAACCUCCAAGCCCUGAUUGCCACGUUUGGAGAUGUCAACGCUGCAGUGGAGAGGUUGCUGCAGUCACAGUGAAGCAACUUCAGCAGCUGCUGCGGAAGAGGAGGACAAAGUGUGCUGUGGGUGUUGUGAAGGAUGGGGACAAGGGGGGGGUGGGGAGAGGCCAAGCGAGUGUGGCAGCAAAAGUGGGGCGAAGCUAGCUUUGCAGCAAAGCAGCAGCUGUCUGCGUGGAGGUGCGUGAGCCAAUGAGGAGGUCAAUGAGAGGGGGGAGGGACCCCACGGAGCGUCUUAUUUUUUUUUCCCUCAUUCAUUUGACUCAGGGGUUCGCACAUGCACCUCUCUCUCUCACUCACUCUCCUCGUUUUGUAUACAUAUAUAUAAAUAACUGUUCGCACGUCCAGUGUCUGCCACUCAACGAGAAGAGGACCAGUGUGGUUGCGGUGGGCGUGCAGGUGUUGCGCAUUUUGCGAUAUCAGCCGGGCGCGCCCCCUUUUCCACUGCUUGAAUUUUUUUUUUUUUUUUUCUGUGGGUGGCAAAGAGAGAAAAAGAAAAUUAAAGGAGGCAAAUAGAGGACAACGCCGACUUGCACGCGCCUUUGGCAUGUUUCUCAUGCGGUGGCACUUAGGCAUUGCCGGCAGGUGCGUGUGUAGGUGUGAGUGUACAAUAAGUUUCCUUGUUUUUUUUUCCUUUGUCUCUAUUGUUUUGCUUUUGUUUGUCUGUGAGCUCUUCUUUGACACUUAGAAAAUGUUUUCAUGGGAAGCAAACCACUGCUGACGUCGGAGGGCAAUAGCUUGCUCCUCGAUCAAAGUGCUUCUUUUUGUCUGUUUUGUCUCUUGUUCUAGCUUGUUAAGGUGAAAUGAUUGUGCAGACAGAAUGGCAAUGUUUUUGAGAUAGAAAGAAUUAAAUUACUUUCCAUUA